AUGGUGACAGCUCCGUUCCUGGGAUGGGCCGCUAUCCGACCCAUCCCCAGGCUGCCCAGACACAAUACUUGCAAAUAUGUAUCAAGCAGAUUACAAUCCUUCAAAAGACCACUUGGAUUCUCUUUGAAAGGGCAACAUUACCGAAAUCUGAGUUCUUCUCCAGUCUGGGGCGAUGCAGGUAUCGACCUAGAGAAAACUCGAAAUAUCGGCAUUAUCGCCCAUAUUGAUGCCGGCAAGACCACCACCACGGAGCGCAUGCUCUACUACAGCGGCUUCACACGGCGAAUAGGCGACGUUGACGACGGCUCAACAGUUACAGACUUUCUACCUGCAGAAAGAGCCCGUGGAAUCACCAUCCAAUCUGCUGCCAUUACCUUCCACUGGCCACCGUUGGCUGCUGAUGGGACCUCCAGUGGGCCUAGCUUGGAAGAUCUAGAAUCCCAGAACCUUCCAAGGUCGAGAGCUUCUCACACGGUCAACUUGAUUGAUACACCAGGUCAUGCGGAUUUUACAUUCGAAGUGCUGCGGUCAUUGCGCAUUCUUGACGGCGCAGUCUGUAUUUUGGAUGGCGUCGCUGGUGUUGAAGCCCAAACGGAAAAAGUAUGGCACCAGGCUAGUGUGUACCAAAUCCCACGAGUUGUAUAUGUCAACAAGCUUGAUCGCGAUGGCGCUGCAUUCGGGCGCACGGUGCGUGAAGUAGGCUCGAGACUGCAGGGCUGGCCCGCAGUCUGCCAAAUCCCUUGGUUCGAAGGUGGCAAUGGACGCUUUACUGGUAUUGCGGAUGUUGUUUGGCUUCAGGGUUUAUUAUGGAAGGAAGGCGGUGACGGUAAAUCCGUCAAGGUGUUUGACCUAGCUGGUUUGGAAAAUGAGGAUAAAAGACUCGCCGAAGAAUUGAAACGAGCUCGAGUGGCUUUGGUCGAACUACUGAGUGAACAUGAUGAAGAUAUGGUCGAGUCGUUUUUUGAGCAUGAAGAUCAUCUAAAGGUUCCGCCAAUGACUAUACUUAACAGUCUCCGCAAAUGUUUGCUUGGCCCGGAAUCACAGAAGAUAAUACCAGUGUUUGCUGGCUCUAGUUUCCGAAACAUGGGAGUGCAGCCUUUGCUCGACGCAGUCAACAAUCUUCUUCCAGGCCCAUCCGAAUCAAUCGAUCCGGAGAUCAGUCUUGGAAGCACUAAGGGGUCUCUAGGAAAUCUACUAAGCGGAGAGUUAGCUUUACAACAAGAAGCAAAGACCGCCGAUAUUACGAAAUCAAAGCAAAAGAAGAAAACGGCAAUUAUACCGGCUUCGAUAAACACGAAAGAGCUGGCUGCUAAUCUGGAAAGCUGUGCAUUGGCAUUCAAGGUCGUGAGCGACGCCAAGCGUGGAGUUCUUGUCUAUGUUCGUGUCUACUCAGGAUCCCUCAAUAGGCACUGCCAUCUAUACAACACCAAUCUUCACGUCACAGAGCGAGCUCCUCGUCUUUUCAAAAUGUACGCUAAUGACGCUGUUGAGGUCGACUCCAUACCCGCCGGUCAUAUUGGUGUUGUAUCUGGACUGAAACAUGCCCGUACUGGAGACACCCUCAUUUCAUGCGUUGGAAGCAAGAUGACCCCUCCUGAACCGCUGAACACUCUUCAACUGCGUCCUAUCGAUGUACCGCCUCCUGUCUUCUUCGCCAGUAUUGAACCGCACAGUCUUAGCGAAGAGAAAAAUAUGCGAGAAGCUCUAGCAUUACUUUUGCGAGAAGACCCUAGUCUUCACGUUACCGUAGACGAAGACUCCGGCCAAACACUGCUAAGCGGCAUGGGAGAAUUGCAUUUGGAAAUUGCUCGAGACCGACUAGUCAACGACUUCAAAGCCAAAGCAACCAUGGGCCGAAUCGAGAUUGGAUAUCGAGAAUGUGUACUUGGUCCAUCAAAUCCGGUGACCAAGAUUUUUGAUCGAGAAGUUGCAGGCCGAAAAGGAAAAGCUGGAUGUACAGCAGUCGUCGAACCAUACGAUCCGGAGUCGGACUCCGAUGAGAUAACCUCUGAUAUCAUCUUCGCAGAAACCGUAGAUGGAAAUCGAAUCAUCAUUUCCGCUCCGGGGAUAAACAUAUCUACAGACAAGCGGGGCAAAGAAGAGAGUUCAAAUCUCCCACCACAGCUAGAUGUGAACUCGUUCCGAAAUUCGCUGUACAACGGCGCGCUGUCUGCAUUUGCGCGUGGCCCACAGUUCACGUUUCCGAUGCAUAACACAAAAGUAACGCUGACAUGCAAUGUCGUCGAGCACCUUUUCGGUUCAGAGAGUAGCGCUUCAGCCCUCUCUGCUGCAGCUAGGCUCGCGACUCAAGGCGCAUUGCGUGACUUAGCCACAGGCCAAAACAGCGGUACUUGUAUGAUGGAACCAGUCAUGAACGUAAUUAUUAGCGUCGACGAAGCCAGUCUCGGUGCCGUGGUACAUGACAUUUCCUCAGCGCGCGGCGGGCACAUUAUCUCCCUCGACGAAGAGAUGCCCAUCUCAACCUCUAUCGACAACACUAGUCCUGAAGAUGAACAAGUCGUCAUUGACGUCAAUAAAAUCUACGCACCGCCAGACCCCUUCGAAACACCCACUGUGGCAGGCGGAUUACCCAUCCAGGCACCUGCCAACCAACCCCGAACAAUCACUGCAAAGGUGCCAUUGAAAGAAAUGGUUGGUUAUUUGAAACAUUUGCGCAGUUUAAGUGCGGGGAGAGGCACGUUUGUGAUGCACGUUGAUCGAUUUGAGAGGAUGUCUGCGCAGAGACAGAAGGCGGUUUUGGCUGACUUGCACAGGUAG